AUGAAACCCUCGACAUUCAGCCUUCUGUUCUUGCUGGUUGUGGUCUCCAGUGCCCUUGUGGACGUUGUCACGGCUCACACGGAGCACCACCAUCAUAGACAUCACCACACUGGCACCUACAAGCACACGCACUCGCACUCGCAGUCUCACGAGCAUCAUCACCACCACGAGAAGAAGAAGGACAGCAGCGGAGACGAUGGUGGCUUAAACAACAUGCUGCCACUGCUUCUCACCCUCCUAAUGCGCAACAACCAGGCAGCUGCUGCUCCGGCUGCUGCCCAGCCAGGACGCUAG